CUCCUAUCCCCCUUCAAACCUCUGUCUGCUUCAAUUGAGGCCUUGAAGUUUCUUGCAUCCCCUCUAUUUUACCCUUCUGCCGCUGCUGGUACUUCAUCAGUGCAGGCGGUGUGCUGUGGCUUCGUGCCCUCCUCACCCCCCGUCUCUUAGGCUUUGCGUCGUGCGAAGUUCCACGACGCAAGCUCUCCUUGCCAACUGAGCCAGAUGGCUUCUACCAUCAACACCGUCCCAGCAGCCAGCAAUGCGGCUGGUAAUGCUGUUAACGCUCCCACACAGAAUACCGGGCCCAGGUCUUCGUUGAGGUCAAACAACUCCAAGACGCCGGACGGAGGUCGACGACAACAGUCUGGUAGCCCCGUUGACGGUGGACAGAGACGACCUAACUCCCAAAGGAUAUGGUCUCAAGCUACCAAUCCCGCGACCCAACGACCUUCGUAUCCGCAGCAGAACGGAAACAUGCUUCACCAAAAACCCGCUGCCUCUCCCAAACCGGCUCUGAGAGAGUCUAACACUCCAGAUAGCCAUGCUCAUGACCGUCUCAUCUUCCUCCUCACUAGUUUCAUUGGACUUGUUACUACCGUCAUUACAAAAAACGGAGAUAAAUUCUCGGGGGUUUUCUCUUCUUCAACCCUAGAGCCAAAUGACUCGUCCUUUGUUCUCAAGAUGGUCCACCGACCCUCACAACAAGAACAAUCGCGAACCAAUGGAGUGAGUGAAGUUGCCAGCCCAUAUCUGGGUUCUGCGCCAGACCAUAGUAUGGUCUUCGAUAUUAAGGAUAUUGUCGACAUUUCCGUUGCAAAUGUUUCAACAUCUGAUGUCUUAACAAAAAGCUCAAAGGGCACUUCUUCCAACUUCCGAACGGACACUGAUAUAUCCGGUAAUAUUGCUAUUCGCGAACGCACUUUGAAGCGUUGGGAGCCUGCCGCUGAUGUGGAUGUCGAUAUGUCUCUGGAAACGACCACAAGCACCGCGGGCUGGGACCAAUUUGAAGCCAACGAGCGGCUUUUUGGUGCCACAACCAGCUAUGAUGAAAAUAUUUACACUACUCGGAUUGACCGUUCGGAUCCUUCCUACAAGCGGAAGGAGGCAGAGGCGGCUCGCAUCGCACGCGAGAUAGAAUCUAGCGACGCAAACAACGCACAUGUGAGGGAGGAGAGAGGUCUGGCGCCCAUUGACGAUUCUGGCCGAGACGAGGAAGAGAAGUAUAGUGGUGUCCGUCGCGAUGAAACGACCUUAUCCCCUCUUGCUUCUGGACAACCGAACAAGUACACCCCACCGGCGCGCAGGCAACUUGCUGCCCAGCCUACCACUGCCGCUGCUACUGUGUCCGCAAACGCGGUCAAACCUGUGCCGACUGCAACGACAGGCACACCUGCUCCUGUGCCACCAAAGCAAGCAGUCACUUCUGGCGUUCCGCAGGAAAAGCUGCAACAGCUAGCACAGCCCACCCCGGCCGCUGUUGCAGAUGACAAAUCGGGACCUGCGAAGACUGUCGCCGGCACCACACCCGCCCCGAAGCGUCCUAGUCCAGAGAAUGCCACCGUUAACGUGGAAACCGAGGUGCUAGAUCACUUCCGACAGUUUGCUAACAGCGAGAAACUGAAGAUGCAAGAACGCCGCCGCAAUCAGGCUUCCUACGACCGGACAGUCAAAUUGAACGAACUAAUGAAGUUCUCGAAGAAUUUCAAGCUUGCCACCCCUGUCCCCAAGGAUCUGGUGCCUAUUCUCGCCAAGGAUCCCAGUAAGCAAGAAAAGAUUAUCCAGAAAGCUCAGCAGCAAGCGGACGAGAGGUCGGCUGCCAAACCCACCCCUGUCGCUACUGAGCAGAAGCAAGCCCCUCGUGCUCCAGGCCCUGCUCGUUAUGAAAGUGGAACGGUGCCGCCCUCAACCCAGCCUGACCGCCAAAGUUAUCCUCGUGGUCGUCCCGCAUACCCUCCUACUGGCCCACAGGCUGCUCAAGGAGGGCGCCUCCAGCAUCCGCCGAUGCAUGCCGGUCGGUCAGCAACUGGCAUGCUCAGUCAUCGCCUAGCAGAUAAUUUACAGCAGCGUAAGGGAGCGGCCAUGGGCUCUGUGCCUGCCCCCCUAUCGAUUACCGAUACACAGACCCCCCCCUCUGGUCCUGCUAGUAAUCAUUCUGGCGUCUCCAGUCCAAAUAAGACUCAGACGCCAACAUCUGCUACGUCGACCAAGCUCAAUGUCAGGGCUUCGGAGUUCAAGCCCAAUCCCGCGGCAAGCACAUUUACUCCCCAUGCUUCUUCUAGUCCGAUUGUCCGAGGUCCCUCCGUCGCUCGUGUUACUAGCCCGUCAGCUUUCUUUGGGACGAAGGAGCUGCUGCCGGUCUCAGAACGGCCAUCCAUUGCUAACCAGUUCAAUCCUAUCAAACGCAUGAAGAAAGAGGCCGAGGAACAGCCCGAGAAAGAUUACACGUUCAACGGUGGUAUCCCUCCUGCAUAUAAGACCCCACCAACAUGGGACGUCUCUCCUGAGAAUGAAGAGAAGACAUACUUGCAAAUGUUCAAGCAGCCUGUUGUUGUGCCUUCGAUUUCGCCUCAAGUUCGCUCUGCGACCAACCCUCAAGCACCUCACCAGCAUCAAUUGCCAUUCCAAUUUCCGCAGUCAAGUCCGAAUGUCCCUCCGGCUACAGGCGCAGCUCAUGCGCCGCACCACCUUCAUCCUCAGCAGCACCAUGGAUCAGGUCCCGCGCAUUUUGAUGACCAUCGGAUGCAGUUUUCUGCAUCCACUUCACAAAUUUUCCCUUCUCCUCGACUUCAAAACAGCCAUGUUGCUUACCCAUCUCCUAUGGCUCCGCAAGCACAACUUGCAUUCAAUCAACCUAUACCACAGUUCUAUGUAAACCAAGGUGCACCCCAGCCGGCUCACCUCAGACCUUAUCCUGGUGUGCCACAGUUCAUGAAUCCCCAAGCAGCUAUGGGAGCACCCAUGAUGGUCCAACAACCUUCCACUGGUUCUUAUAUGAAUGUCCCUCAGGGGAUGGCUCCUUAUACUCCUCAAAUGCAGAUGUACUCGCCCAGUCCUGCGCACGCGUACCCUCAACACGCCCCUCCUCCCCAGCCUCACAGUGGGUAUCCGAGCCCAAGUCGUGGCGCGCCGAUGAUGAUGCAUCAAAAUUCGCAGCCCGGCCAGCCACCACAACCUGUCAUGUUUAUGGCUCCAGGGCACCAUGGGCAACCAGUAUACCCCGCUCAGCAGCCGGCUCAUAUGCGCCCAGGCUAUCCUCAACAUCAGCCCCAUUUUUCUUCUAGCCCUCAUCAGGCGCAUCACUAUCCACCUCACCAGAAUCGGACGCCUAGCACUAGUUAUAACCAGAUGCCUCAAAUGCCGCAUCACAUACCUUCACAACCUCAGCCAACGGUUACACCUAGCUCACACGCACCUGAAGCUACGGAUGAAGUGAAAUGAGCUUUCCAGCCAAUAAGAAAUUAACAAGUCUUCUCGCUUGGCUUACUCAGCGACCUAGAGGACUUACCUCGCACUCCAGUCUUGCUAUCAUCUGGUGUGAGGUGCUGUCCUAUAUUGACAAUUUAAAUUUCGCAUAAAACGAACUUCCAAUGAGUUUCCGAUAUGUAUCUGUAUCUUGAUUUGCUUUCUCUAUACUUGUCUACAUACGCCAAGAGAGUUUGGAUGUGUGCUAAACAGGAGAUGGCAUCCAUACCGUAAAUUAUUGACCUCUAUUUUGCGGCUUCGCCUUUUUUUGCUGCUUAAAAUGUCGAAAUCAGGCGAAGACGGGGGAUGUAUGUUGUUGAAUGGAGGUGUCUUGACCUGCCCCCGGGUGAAUUGCGACGAGCUUGACCGUUACAUGGCUUUCAAAACACUGUUCCGCCUGUACUGGCCCAAUAUUACAUACAUACUCCGGGCUGCCUGGCAUGGACACCCUGGGGAAGUUCGACGGGAUUCCUCCACGUUUCAUAGCAUGACUCGUGAGACAGGUCCUUUGCUGGAAUUGAAAAUGAGAACGAACCACUGUUUCAGAUCCAUCUUUCUGGUGUUUGCGACGCCUAUUAUUCUUGUCCGUUUCCACCGAAAAGCUUACACCGAGAAUGGUAGGGAAAGGCGUUAGGGGGGCAAAAGUCGGGCAUUCUGGAAGGAUCGAAAACGCCUUCUAAUGGCAAGUCAGCUUCAUCCUCAGAUACCGUUGUCGCGUGCAACUAGCAUAUAUUAUUGCAGAGAGAUAGGUAUCGCAAUAUCAUCAUAACUUAGGGAUUGGGAGACUAAGUAGUAGUACCAGUAAUUAGGGGAGGUUGACAAUGUGUUACAAGACCAUCGGGAGUGAUAGCAAAUGAGUUGGUACAGUUCCUUCCCCCAUUCUAUACAUAGUAUGAAAAUACCAUCCUCUGUAACAAGACCCUGCGUCGACAUCUAAUCAAGAGCUAUUAUAGCGUAGCUAGCAUAGCAUAUCUAACUUUCUAAUAUGUUAGCCCACAGACAUCAAAAAGGAUAGAUAGUAAGGGGAGAACAAGAAUAGCAAAGCAGCAUCUCCUCAGGUCUUUUCAGUUUAUUUUGGUCGUCAUUCCACCAAAACGGCAAAACCGUACCCAUGGUGCUAGUCCUUUCAUUCCAACCACAACCGAGAACGGCGGCCAUCGAAGACGGGAGAAUAAUCCGAGAAACUGAGAGUCAAGAUUCCGCCCCUCCAUAUAUUGACUGGUGAGAAAAGGAAGACCAUCACCUUGCUAGGCGUCCCAAAUCCCGUAUCCGCUCCUUUUUACCCCACUUUUCUUGGCUUCUCUUCCCCUUAGCUGAUUGACUAAUAUUCAUGUUCGCCACUGCCAUUAGUUCCUGAAAUUCCUCAUGGAGACGGAGCGGACCAGGAACCCCAGUUGCGGCACGUAUUUUGAUGUACACACGUCCCUCCCAAGGUAAGUCUUGAAAGAUUACCCAGUCAGGUAAUCUUGAGAUCUAUACCCUAUGCCUUUUAUCAUUUUCAAAGUCAUGUGCGCAAAAUCGAAGAAGAGAGAAAGCGGGAGAAAAGAACGUGGGUGGACGAAAACGAAUAUGGGAGAAGCAAAAGAGAUGAGAUCAACUUCAAUUUAUCACCGUACAUCAAUAAAGAACGAAAACUGGAGACAAGAUCCCCGACCUCUCAGACCUAGGACUUCUCGCUUCGUUUCAAAGCCAGUGGGUUCUUGGUUGUGGUGGAUUGAUAAAGAGCUGAGCACGCUUCGAGACCACGAUCUUGCGCGGUUUGGGGGUUUUAGUGAGGUCUGACCUUUUACCAGUAUCACAUCAUUGGAGAAUAUACGCAUUCAUGUCGCGUCAUUUAUGUUGCGUUGAGUUCAAAUAUAGAGGAAAGUUGAACGCACCUAGAGCUCUCGGAAGGACGCUGACAGGAAAUGGAUAGCUAGCGUAAGGCUUAAAGGUAUUUCCGGGAACUAAAUGAAUCUGUAAAGGUAGCACGGGUUUCACAAGCAUCAUUGUCUAUCUGACUCUGCAUCUUGAUUUACAGAACAGAGUCGAGUCGUGGUUGAUUGAAGAAGGCG